CGUUGAUCAGUCGUUUUAAAACCAAACCCGCCACUGUUGUGUUUCCCAGAUAGCUCGAUCCAUCAUGGCGAUGCAUGCGAAAGCGACUCCACCACAGAUCCCGGACACCCGCCGGGAGCUCGCUGAACUGGUGAAGAGGAAACAGGAGCUCGCUGAGACGCUGGUGAACCUGGAAAGACAGAUAUAUGCAUUUGAGGGCAGCUACUUAGAAGACACUCAGAUGUAUGGCAACAUCAUCAGAGGAUGGGACCGAUACCUCACCAACCAAAAGAACUCCAACAGUAAGACUGAUAGAAGAAAUAGGAAAUUCAAGGAGGCAGAGCGUUUAUUCAGCAAGUCGUCUGUCACGUCAGUCGCAGCGGUAUGUGCACUCGGCGGGAUACCAGAUCACAUGAGUGAAAAACGCGAGGCAGGCAGCGGCACAGAAAGCGACGCAUCUCCAGAUCUCCAAAACCAAGAAAACGAGCCCAGCCAGGAGGACACGGAGGACGUGGACUCGACGCUGCAGGACCUAAAGCCCCAAAAGGCUGCCUCCUCCUCCUCCUCCGGCAGCCAUCACGGAAGCCACAAGAAGAGGAAGAAUAAAAACAGACACAGGUUUGACAUGAAGGUUAACAAAAAGCCGAGAGCUGAUUAUUCAACCUAACAAAGACGACUGGAAGACCUGGAAAACACACGAGAGGAUACAUGUAGAGAAACACAAUAUUUCUGGACUUUGUGAACUUUGUAUGCCUUUUAUUUUAAUUUUUUUUGUCAUGUUUCAGUCUGUACUGUGCGUAUUGCUCGAAACAUUCCCCCCCCUUCCCCCCAGCCACCCACCACCCUGCAUGUUACUCGGGGCCUGACGAGGCUCACCUCCAGUAACGCACCAUCUUGUAUAGUGUUUAAAAAAAAAAAAAAAGACUGUAUUUAUUAUGUAGCUAAUUACCAUGUUUCCCAUUGUAAGAAAGUUUUGCUUUUUUUUUUUUUUUUUUUUUGUUAAUCGUCACAUACUUGUAUAACCCCUGAAUGCCCCUGGAUUCUUUUAUUACAUUUUUUUGUUUUGCAAAAAAAUAAUAAAACACCAGUAACGUGA